AUUUAAUAAAGCGUCGUGUGGUGUAUUGCGGCGUGUGAGCGUCAACUAUGGCUUCUUCGUCUUCAACAUCGGGUUCGGGUUCGGGUUCAGGUUCGGCGCUGACGGAGCGAAGAGGUAUACCAGGGGCACAAUUCGUGGAGGAUGUUCAAACUUACCUCACUCAAUCGGGCCUCGAUGUUGGCUCAGCCCUCGCUUUUCUCCAAGAGAGACUUCAGCAAUACAAGGUAGUAGAAAUGAAGCUUCUUGCUCAACAAAGGGAUCUUCAGGCAAAGAUACCAGAUAUUGAAAAGUGCUUAGAUGUUGUUGCUACAUUGCAAGCUAAGAAGGGUACUGGUGAGGAACUUAUUACUGAUUUUGAAGUAUCAGAAGGCAUAUAUUCACGAGCACGCAUAGAAGAAACUGAUUCGGUGUGCUUGUGGCUGGGAGCAAAUGUUAUGCUUGAAUAUUCAUUAGAAGAGGCUACAGGUCUUCUACAGAAGAACCUGGAUAAUGCUAGAGCUAGUUUAGAAGUUCUGAUUGCUGAUCUUCAGUUCUUGAGGGACCAGGUGACAAUCACUCAGGUUACAAUUGCUCGCGUGUAUAAUUGGGAUGUGCAUCAACGGAGAAUUCAACAGGCUGCUGCUCCAACUGCUCAAGAGUAAAAUGGAUAAUUUAUUCACACCUAGAUCUAAAAUGUAGCACUUAUACAUUUUCUUUAGAGUUUGAUUUUUAUCUCUAGCCAAUUUAUAAUUUAGAUAAAUUGCAGUUUUCUGUCUCCAGUUCGGUUUCACCACAGUAGACACUAAGAGGAACUAUAUUUAUGUUGGCUGUUGUCUUGGUCUCUUGUAAAAUGCCCAUAUAUUAGGUUGAUGGGAAAGUUUUGUUUGGUGUGAUCAUAUGGAUAUAUUUUACUCUGUAAUGCGGUUUUACUUGUUUAAGUUUCUAUUGCUGAUGCUAAUUUUA